AUGCAAUCUCCACCGAACUUUGAUUCUUCCCGCCCUGCUCACGCUCCUCUUCGUCUACUGUCUCUCGAUGGCGGGGGCGUCAGAGGCCUCUCCAGUCUGAUGAUCCUUGGCGAAUUGAUGGAAAAUAUUGCUCAGGAAGAGAAGAGACUGGGGAAGCGAGCGAUCAACGACGACACGCUACUCAAACCUUGCGACUACUUUGACCUUAUCGGCGGAACAUCUACAGGAGGGAUCAUCGCUGUGCUCCUCGGAAGACUUCGACAAGAUGUGCCGUCAUGUAUUAAGAUAUAUACACGGCUUGCCAAGGAAAUCUUCAAGAGGGACCGCUCCAUCCAUAUCUCCGGCCUGAAGAUUCCUAUCGGCCCAACCCGUUUCUCCGGGAAGGUACUCGAGAGUGCUAUCAAAAGAGCUCUGAGGGAUCUUGGUUACGAUGAGAAUGAGUUGAUGUGGGAUGAUUCUCUCUUCGAGGAAGUUGUUGAGCCUGUCAGCCAGGGAAAAGAAAAUAAUAUCUGGACAAACUCAUCACGCGACUUGGAUUCUACCAAUGACCCUUCACACAGUCUAGCAGUGCCGGAUAAAAAAGAAGCUGCGAAGAGAGACCAACCAGGAAUCAAUGCGGGAUUUGCUGAAGGCGACGCUUCGGUCACCAUUAGAAGUCCUAACGACUUCAGCGACCUAGGUUCUACUACAAACAUCUCCGUCAACGAUUCCAAGGCCCACUGGGAUAAAUCGACAUGGCGAGUGCAUCAAGACUCUUCAGUACGACGCAAGGCAAACAGGGGAGGAUGUCGGGCUUUCGUCGUUUCGGCCCUCAAAAAUGCUCUCGGGCUACCACACAUCCUUGCAACAUACGACCCUAAUGAUCGCACCACCCGUAUAUGGGAAGCUCUUCGAGCAACAUCUGCCGCUCCUACCUUCUUUGAGGAGAUGACAUUUGGGACACCGCACGUUACUUAUCUCGAUGGAGGUAUGGGCUACAACAACCCCUGUUCAGAGGUUGACUAUGCCGCAAAGUCAAUUUGGGAAGGCCGGACAAUUGGCAUGAUUGCAUCCAUUGGCACCGGUAUACAGACUAUUCCAUCUGUCAAGAAGAUCGCUCUCUGGCUACCUUUUGGUCUGGGUACCGAUAUUUCCCUCGCUUCGGCCCUCGCAUCUAUGGCAAUGAGUACCGCCCGCGUCGACAAUGAAAUGCAGCGAACGUACUACGGCAAAGACACGCGGUACUUCCGUUUUGACGUCGAUGGCGGCCUUGAGAACAUUUCCCUCGAACAAUGGAUGAAGGAGGACGAAAUGGCGACGUUGACAAAUCAGUACAUGCGAGAUCCAUAUCAGAUCAGAAGAGCUCGCCAAUUCGGGAAAACGAUGACCAAGCUCAGUGUUUUGCCGCCAAAUUUCGAAAUCGAUGCGCUGCAUUUCCGUGUUGGCAUCAACGGCCGCGGCAUAUUCGACGGCGAAUACAUGCAGAAAGAAGUGGGCUUCGAAACAGACAAGUCCACUGAGUCUGACGCAUCUAGCCCAUUGGAAAACAACAACGGGCCUAUUGUGCACCGAAUCCAACCUCGCGGCCGCGGCAAUGCCAUCGUCGAUAAGGAUACUGGUCGCUUUCGCCAGGUUCGUCCAGUGUUCCUAAAGCCGAACAUCAACAACGAGGACAGGGAGCCGGCUGUAUUGAACUGUCUCCGGUGUGAAAACACAUGCUUGCGGGCUAUAAGAACUGGUAUACCACCGGGCAUUUACAAGGUUAAAUGGAUUGUCAGCCAUCAGGAGUCCGAGUACAGUCCUCCAGUAAAUGUCAUCUUCUCCGUUGGGAAGCCAUUUGACCCGACUGUGUACUUGGAUCGGUUCGUGGAUGUGCGUAUAUCUCCGGACAUUGCCACAGUCUUGCUCCGCCCAGACGCUGUGCGUGUGAGGCUUGGACGCAGGCGAUAUGAGGCAAAAAAGAAUAAAGGGUGGUAUGAAAUUGAAGGCGACAAUCUCGUUGAGGUUGAUCUCGAAGGAGCACUUGGCUUUAUGAUCAACACCAAGUGGGAGGAGGACUUUGUCCUUGGUGGUUGGAGUUUUGGAGGCGUCCGGCUUGAACCUGUGUUCGAAGAUCCGCACGGCAAAAUUUGA